UCCAAGCGAAUGAAUGACCAUGGGGUUGGAGUCAAACGUUCUCAGUUUCUCGCUCAUUUCCUUUUACUAUUUCUUAUUGCUUUCAUCUCCAGUCACAUUCCCAGUUACCUUUCAGCUUUUGUUCUUCUCCUCUUCGCCCUCAUCGUUCUCAUCUUUUGGGUAUCGAAGAUUAGCAGGAGCCCUAAAACCUACCCGAACCCAGUCAACCAAAUUCUCCAUCACUCUCUCCACGGUACCCUGUUCUUCGGGUGGGUUCUUCGUUCUAUUGCCCGAAGAGAAUUCCGUUUUGGCGGACGAAUAAUCCUCAUGGAUCCAGAAGGGUUCUCCUAAACAUCCCUGCUGACUUGAAGAUUAUUGGAAGGCUUUCCAAAAAGAAAUGGCAGACAGCUGGGAUGAAAGUUUUGACCCUGGUAGCCAGUCUGAUGAUAGCUACCAGUUAGAAAGGACACACAUUGAGCCUAUUUAUGAUGCAUUUGUUUGUCCUCUCACGAAACAAGUAAUGCGUGAUCCUGUUACCUUAGAAAAUGGACAAACUUUUGAGCGAGAAGCAAUAGAAAGGUGGUUCAAGGAGUGCAAGGAUAGUGGAAGGAAACCUGUCUGCCCAUUGACAUACACAGAGUUAAAAAUCACUGAUCUGAACCCCAGCAUAGCUCUACGAAACACAAUUGAAGAAUGGAAUGCACGGAACGAAGCUGCCCUGCUUGAUAUUGCUCAUAGGACACUCUCUCCGGGAAGUUCAGAGCGUGAUAUUCUUCAGGCCUUGAACUACAUCCAGCACAUCUGCCAGAAAAGCAGAUCCAAUAAACAUGUCGUUCGAACGACAGGGCUGAUGCCAAUGAUCGUUGACAUGUUGAAGAGCAGUAGUCGGACAGUGCGGUGUAAAACUCUAGUAACUCUUCAUAUUGUUGCAGAAGAGGAUGCCGAUAAUAAGGAAGUAAUGGCUGAAGGAGACACCGUGCGCACAAUUGUUAAAUUCUUGUCUCAUGAGUUGUCCAAGGAGAGGGAGGAGGCUGUAUCUUUGCUAUAUGAGCUCUCAAAAUCUGAAGUUCUGUGUGAAAAGAUUGGUUCUGUCAAUGGAGCAAUUCUUAUAUUAGUUGGGAUGACUAGCAGCAACUCAGAGAAUGUUUUGACUGUUGAGAAAGCAGAAAAGACCCUGGAGAAUCUGGAAAAGUGUGAGAAAAAUGUGAGGCAGAUGGCUGAAAAUGGUAGAUUACAACCUCUUCUUACGCGUAUCCUUGAAGGUCCCUCUGAAACAAAAUUGUCCAUGGCUGCAUUCCUUGGUGAUCUGGUUCUGAGCAAUGACAUGAAGGUCCUUGUGGCCCGAACUGUGGGAUCAUCAUUGGUCAAUAUUAUGAGAAGCGGCAAUAUGCAAUCAAGAGAAGCUGCCCUGAAGGCUCUGAACCAGAUAUCAUCUUCUGAUUCAAGCGCUAAGAUGCUUAUAGAAGUUGGGAUUCUUCCUCCACUUGUCAAAGACCUCUUCAUUGUUGGUGCUAAUCAACUUCCCAUGAGGCUGAAAGAGGUUUCUGCAACAGUUCUAGCCAAUAUUGUGAACUCAGGCUAUGACUUCGACUCCAUUCUGAUUGGGCCUGACCAUCAGACACUGGUCUCAGAAGACAUAAUCCAUAACCUGCUACAUCUCAUUAGCAACACUGGUCCUUCCAUUGAGUGCAAGCUUCUCCAGGUCCUUGUUGGGCUCACUAAUUCUCCCACCACAGUUCUGAACGUAGUGGCUGCCAUUAAAAGUUCUGGUGCUACCAUCAGUUUGAUUCAGUUCAUUGAAGCUCCACAGAAGGACCUGCGUUUGGCUUCGCUGAAACUCUUACAGAACCUGUCACCCCAUAUGGGUCAAGAGCUGCCUGAUGCCUUUCGUGGUACUGCUGGUCAGCUUGGUAGCCUGAUCAAAAUCAUCUCAGAAAACAAUGGGAUUGCAGAAGAGCAAGCAGCUGCCGUUGGUCUGUUAGCUGACCUUCCAGAGAGGGACUUGGGUCUAACCAGACAGUUGUUCGAUGAAAGUGCCUUUGAGUUGGUCAUAUCCAGAGUUGUCAGUAUCCGGCGAGGAUCUACCCGGGGUAGCCGGUUUGUUACACCAUAUCUGGAAGGGCUUGUGCAGGUCUUGGCAAGGCUCACAUUUGUCUUGGGCGAUGAGCCCAGAGCUCUUGCUCUUGCUCGUGAGCAUAAUCUUGCUGCAUUGUUCACUGAUCUGCUUCAGGCUAAUGGGCUUGAUAAAGUACAGAUGGUGUCUGCCAUGGCUUUAGAAAACCUCUCGGAAGAGUCCAAGCGCCUUACAAUACUGCCAGAAUUGCCAAAACUUGGAUUUUGUGCUGCAAUCUUUCCAUGUCUUAGCAAGCCUCCAGAGGUCACUGGCUUGUGUCGUCUCCACCAUGGGACUUGUUCAUUGAAGGACACCUUUUGUCUUUUGGAAGGACAAGCUGUGGGAAAUUUGGUGGCUUGUUUAGACCACACAAAUGAGAAGAUGGUCGAGGCAGCGCUUGCAGCACUCUGCACGUUGUUGGAUGAUGAGGUCGACAUUGAGCAAGGGGUGAUGGUUUUGUGUGAGGUAGAGGGGAUCAAGCCAAUACUCGAUGUACUACUUGAGAAAAAAACGGAAAUCUUGAGUCAGCGAGCUGUCUGGGCUGUUGAGAGGAUUCUGAGGACUGAAGAUAUUGCAAUUGAGAUAUCUGGUGAUCCUAAUGUGAGCACUGCUCUGGUUGAUGUAUUCCAACAUGGAGACUAUCGAACUCGGCAGAUUGCUGAGCGUGCUUUAAAACAUGUUGAUAAGAUACCAAAUUUCUCUGGUAUAUUUCCGAAAGCUGAACAUGGGGUAGGCUUAUCACAGAUGUCCAUCUCAUGAAGGCCAAUGAUGGAUACAAGGGCCUUUCUCUUUUUCAAGUUCCCAUACUAUGCCAGGGGAAAUUCAAGGCCCUGUUUUCAUUGUGGAUUGAGAUGCAUGCUCAGUCUUGUGGAUCCCAUUUGUCCGUAUUUGUUAGAUUUGGAUUUUUUUCAUUGGGGUGGAUGGGUGAAGAAUACUUUCAUUGUUCGUGCAAAAUUGCAUUUGUAGGUUUGCAAGGAUUUUCUUGCAUUUAUUGCUGUGCACUAGUGAAGAUGAACCGGCAUCAAAAGGGAUAAGAACUACUGAAGGUGAAUGUAAUGUACGAACU